AUGCCAGAGGGGCUCAAGACCAAAGUAGUUGCCCCACGGAACCCCAAACUAGUGGGGUGGGAAGACAGGCCCAGGAAGAUGCUUCCGUCUGAGUUUGCCCAUGAGACGUCCCUGUCCACAGAGGAGAAGCUGGCCAGCAUUCAUGUCAUGCACCCGCCACGCAUCCUGGAACUUCUGGACAUGAGCGAGACCACACAUCAGAAGUUUUCCUCGGUCGACGUGGACCAAGCUCUGUUCCAGCCGUUUCCCUCAGAGAUCGUCUUCCAGAACUACUCUCCCUCCAAAACCUACCAGAUCCCCCUCACCCUCCGCAACAACGACAAGAUUCCUCGCCUGGUGAAGGUCAUGGAGGAGGAUUCCCUGUACUUCCGUGUGGUCAGUCCAGUGGAUGUGGGCAGCAAAGUCGCUCCAGGGAUGGCCUCCAUUUUCACUGUGCUCUUCUCCCCUCAGGAGAACAAGGACUACCUUCACAGGGUCGUCUGUGUGACAGAGAGGGAGAAGUUUGAGGUUCCGAUUCGGGCGAUCGGAGCAAGGGCUGUCCUGGAUUUCCCCGAUCAGCUGCACUUUCCCGUCUCUCCCGUGAAGGCCGUGGCUCAGCGAACCUUACUGGUCAGGAACAUAGGCAACACAGAAGCCAGGUUCCAGCUACUCACACACAGCCCUUUCUCAGUGGCGCCCCCUUUGGGAACAGUGGCAGUAGGAGCCAGCAUACAGGUGUCAGUGGACUUCCUCCCCAAGACGUCUGGAGACCACUGCCAAGACCUGCAUCUCCACUACCACACAGGGGAGGACGUGUUCCUGCGGCUGUACGGCGCGGCAGCAGACGUGAGCGUGAGGCUGGAGCGGAGCUCCGUCAUGGUGGAGAGGACCUUCGUGUCCCUGUCCAGCCAGCGCGCCGUGGCCCUCCUCAACAGGAGCGACGCGCUGCUGCACUACCGCUGGAGCACCUUCGCCAGCGAGGAAGAGGAGGAGGAGCUCAAGCUCAGCGUGUGCAAGGAGUUGUACCAGGAGCAGGAGGAUGAAAUGGAGAACUUCCUGUCCGAGUGUGACGCCGACCCCACCGUGCGAGACCGCCUCUCUCUGCUCUCCAGAACCUUCCAGGAGCGACGCCGGCAGCUGCGCCAGGACCACCCGGCUCUCUUACACAGCCACAUCACCGUGGAGCCCCUGGAGGGAGACAUCUGGCCCAACUCCUCCGCAGACAUCAGCAUCAUCUUCAAACCACGGGAGGCCACCACUUACCAGCUCACGCUCUACUGCGACGUCACAGGUCGCGAGUCUCGCCUGCCUUUAAGGAUCAAGGGGGAGGGGGUCGGCCCCAAACUCCAGUCCAACUUUGUCCUCCUCGACAUGGGCAACAUCUUUGUGGGCUCCAAGCACAGCUAUGAGGUGCUGCUGUCCAACCAGGGGCUCAUUACCGCCCCCUACAGUGUGGAGGGUCCCAGUUCAGCCUUCGGCCGCUGUUUCUUCUUCUGUCCAGCAGAGGGCGUGGUUCCCCCUGGGAAGUGCCACGCCCUGGAGGUCUGCUUCUCCUGCAGCACCCUGGGAAACUUCUCAGAGGAAAUCCUCUUGACUGUGAUUGGAAACCCUCAGCCCCUGACCCUCACCUUCAGGGGGCGUGUGAUGGGCCCCACCUUCCACUUCAGCAUCCCCGAGCUCACAUUUGGAGACGUGUCUUUUGGCUUCCCUCACACCCUGACCUGCAGCCUCAGUAACACCUCCCUGGUUCCCAUGGCGUUUGCCCUGCGUGUCCCCGGGGACGGCGACGGAGCCCCCAGCGUGACCAGCGUCUCCCAGGUGGCCGACCUGUCCCGGGCGGACUGGCCGUGCAGCAGCGGCGGCGAGGGCAGCAGGCCGGCAGAGUUCAGCCUCAGCCCCCGCUCUGGCAUGGUGAGGCCCCAGGGCCACAUGUCCAUUCAGGUGACACUGUGUUCUAACAGGGUGCGGAGCUACCGUCUGGCACUGGUGGUGGAUGUGGAGGGAGUGGGGGAGGAGGUGCUGGCCCUGCCCAUCACAGCCAGGUGCGUCGUGCCUGAGGUUGUCGUGGAAACCUCAUUGCUAGAGUACCACGGAUGUUUCCUUGGUUACCCAUACGAGCAGAUGUUGAAGCUUACCAACAACAGUGACCUCCCAGCCUGCUAUGGCCUCCUCUUCCAGGAUUACGAGGAGAGGCCGGCGCUGGUGUACUCCAGCGCCCAUCCCAGAGGGGUGGUGCAGCCUGGCAGCGCUGUGGAGAUCCCCCUGGUCCUGCAGGCCAAGGCUGUGGGGCGGCUGCAGCACACCGCUCUCAUCGCUGUGUUUGGCAGGACCGAGCCCCCUCUGGAGGUGUUGCUGUCCUGUAUUGGGAAGGGUCCUGAGGUGCUCGUUGCGACCACACAUCUCGACUUUGGCUCCAUUCCAGUGUUGACGGAUGUUUCUAGAACCCUGCAGCUGUGUAACGAGUCUCCCAUCCCAGCGCUCUUCUCAGCACAGAUGGUCCGCAGCAGGUCUCUGUGGAGGGUGGAGCCCAGCGAGGGCAGGGUGUCUCCAGGGAGCCAGCUGGAGCUGAGUGUGGUGGCCCACCUGGACGACACCCUGCGCUUCCACGACCACCUGCUGCUGCUGGUCCAAGACAGACAGCCACACCGCAUCUCCCUGCUGGCCAAGGGGACCGGCACCACCAUCGUCACAGACCGACCCUUCGCCCCUAGCCUGGACCUAGGGGCCCACUUCAGCUCUGGGCCGUGUCAGUACCACCUCAGACUGACCAAUCGUGGCCGGCGUUCUCACCAGCUGUACUGGACCAGCGAGGGGUUUCCUGUGUUCGCUCGCAAGGGCUCACGAGAGUCCAGGGGCCCUGGCCCCGUGUUCAGCAUCAGCCCCCCCCGCAUGGAGCUAGCCCCCGGACACUCUGCUGACAUCGUGUUGGAGGGCUCCUUAGACAGCCCCAAGCUGGUGCGGGAGCGCCUGGUGUGUCACGCCAUCCUGGGCCACCAGAGUGGGACGGAGCGCAUCCUGGCGGUGGACGUGACCUGCAGCUUUGUGGCUCCCGUUGUCCACAUCUCCUCCCAGCAGCUCAACUUCUACCUGGAGAAGGCCCCAGGAGUGAGUUUGGCCCCCCAGUACCAGAAGCUAAUCCUGCGGAACGUGUCGUCCCUGCCCCUCUCCCUGGAGCUCUCGCUGGCCAAGCCUUUUGGACUGUGUGGCUGGCAGAACGACUCCAAUCCUGUCACCUCCAAGAGCCUGGUGAUGGGGGUGAACAUGCAGGCCGAGCUGUGGGUGCGCUUCGAGCCGUCGUACCGGGAGGACCGCGUGUCACGCGUGGCGGAGGAGGAGCUGCGCGUGCAGUACCGGGAGCACCCGCGGCAGGACUCGGUGGGGCUGCGGGGCGAGGUCCACUUCCCCAACCUGCUCUUCUCCAGCACCGGCCUGGACUUUGGCUGCGUGCUCAACCACACGGAGAGCCAGCGGCAGCUCACCAUGACCAACAGCUCCCCGCUGGCCGUGGCCUACCGCUGGGCCUUCCUGGUGGACCAGCACCGCUACGCCAUCAGGUUCUCUGGGCAGCAGGAGAAGGAAGGGCGGGAGGAGGAGAGAGAUGUGCGACCUGAUUGGUCCAAAAAGACAAGCGAUGACAUCCGUGUGGAUUCUAACAGGAAGGGUGACGGUUCCCAGCUGUCCUUAGACGAGGGCGAGACGGAGAAAACCGACCUGGAAUAUGACACCAAGGAAGGAGGGGGGUCCCCAAAGGAGACCCCCUCUCCCUCCUCCUCUCCCCCCGCCCCCCGCAUCUUCCCAGGGGGAAGACAUUCACCCCUCGCCCAGUUGACCACCCUCAACACCCCCUACAGCGUCGGUGUGGAAGAGGUGUUUGACAUCCUGCCCAUCUACGGGCUGCUGCAGCCAGGCCAGAGCCAGCUCGUCACCUUCUCCUUCUACGGCCACGCCCACGUCCGGGCGGAGGUGAUGGCGCUGUGCGAGGUGGAGGAGGGGCCCACCUAUGACAUCACCCUCAAAGGGGAGGCCUCAUUGGUCGCCUACAGCCUGGACACCAGACACCUGGACUUUGGGCUCCAGCUGUUUGACCAUGUUGCCGAGGCAGAGAUGACCCUUACCAACACAGGCAGGGUGGGCUUCCAGUUCAGCAACCUGCAGGAGGAACUGAACCCUGAAGACCCCCAGCCUGGCCAGCCCCUCGUCCUCCCAGCCUCGGGCUACGUGGAGGCUGGUUCCUCCCAGACCCUGCGUGUGUGUUACCUUCCUGGGGUCCCGGAGGUGUUCCUCAAGAGCUUCCAGCUGCAGGUGGCCUUCUACCAGCCGGAGAACAUCUCUGUCACAGGGGAGGGGGUCUUCCCUCGCCUCUGUAUGGACCUGCCCCGACAUCUUGACGAGGACAGGUACAGUGAGGUGCUGAGGAGGGCCAGAGGGGUGCUGGAGGAGGAGAGGGCAGCAGAGGAGAGCAGGCCCGCUACAGCAGAAGCCCUGCUGCCCGACCAAGACUACAUCCCCACGUAUGACGGCCUGCUGCAGAUGGAGGUGGAGAGACUGCUGGUGGAGGAGCAGGCUGCUGUGGGCUGGAGCCAGGAGGACAGCCAGGCCAGCUGCUCCAUCAGCAGGUGGCGCAAGAAGCUCAACAGGUUCCUCCUGCCUGAGUACCUGCUGGACUUUGGCUUCGUCAUCCAUGGGACGGUUCCCACCCACAUCGUCAAGGUGACCAACACCGGGCCUGCCGCUGUGUCCCUCCGCGCUGACCGACGCCCCCUCACAGGCACAGGCUUCAGCACAGAGCUGGACAGAGUGAAGAACCUUCCGUACUGUAAGACCGAGACGUUCGAGGUGAAGUUUGACCCCCGAGGAGCCAACCUGGACCUGGGGGCCGUCAGCUGUGUCCUGCCCAUCCAGGUGGCCGGGGGCCCUACGGUGCAGGUGAUUCUGCGUGCCGUCGCCACGAUGCCCUCCCUGGUGGUUUCCACGGAUACGCUGCGGUUUGACCGCGUGCAGUGCGGGAUGUGCCAGGUGCGCACCGUGCAGCUGUCCAACCCGGAGCCGGUGCCCUGCCAGUGGAGCAUCGCUGAGGAGGAGCGCCCCAGAGUCAAGCUGGACAAGCACCUGCCCCUGCACCUGAGAAGGAAGGAGAAGAGGCCGUCUGCGGUGGUGUUUGAGAUGCUGCCCUCGGCUGGCCUGCUCUACCCUGGAGACAGAGUCAACGUCCAGGUCAAGUUCAGCCCUGUGGAGGGGCGUGCAUACAGCCAGCGGCUGGUGGUGUGUGUGCAGCAGAGCAGCAAGCGGGCGGGGCUGCAGGUGCAGGGCGAGGGGGACGAGCCCCGGCUGGACUGGUCGUCCUCCAAGCUGGAGCUGGGCCCCACCCUGCCCCUCAGCGCCGGCCAGGGGGCCCAGCUGCUGGUCAGGAACCCCUGCCCCUUCCCCAUCGAGUUCUACUCCCUGGAUUUCGACAAGCAGUACCUGGAGGAGGAGAAGAUUCUCCGGGUGAUGAAGGGCUACGACGAGCAGAACAUCCUGCUGCUGCCCCCACGGUCCGCUGGAGACACCCUGCCCCCUGAGCUGCUGCAGCACUACAGGGAGCACCACACUGACCCAGCCGAGCCUGAAUCUGGCCCCAAGGACCAGGACUCCCCUGACUCAACAGGGGGGGGGGAGGGCCAAGAGGAGGAGCUAGCCGUCACGCCGGCCGACCAAUCCCAGGAGGAGGAGAGGGAGGAGUUCGGGAGGGCUCCGCCCUCCAAGGAAGGGACUCCAUGUGGAGCAGAGCUGAAGGAGGACAGUGAGGGGGGCAGCAGCGUGGGCCAGCUGGAGGACAACCCCGUGUCCAGGGCCAUCGCUCGCCACAUGGGCAUCGACCUGUCCCCCGAGGCCCUGGCCGCACGCAACCGCCGCAGCAUCGCCCUCGUCGUACACGGAGCGCCCCUCUCAGGGAAGACGUCAGCGGCGGUGGCGCUGGCCCGGCGGUACGGAGGGGCGUGUCUGAGCCUGGACGCCGUGCUGCAGGAGGCCGUCUGCAGCGGGGCCACGCCCACCUGCCUGCAGGCCAGGGAGCUGUGCGCCCGCGCCGCCGUGGAGCGCGCUCAGAGGAGACGGGAGGAGGCCGCCCAGGUAGCAGGGGAGCUGAGUGCAGCAGCAGGUCUGAGUGUGGAGGCGGUGGCCAGACACACAGCAGAGGGCAGCCAGGCCAGUGAGCCCCAGGGCCCCUCCUCCUCCCUCUCCACACGCAACAAGAACAGCCUGCUGGGCAGGAGGGCCGACGGCUCACAGCCCACCCUACCUUCUCUGGCUGGGCAGCGUCAGCUCAGUGCCAGUGAGAGUCAGCUGGCAGAGCUGGGGCUGAUGAGCUGCUGCCUCCCUGAACACAUACUGGAGGACAUCCUGGCAGAGAGACUACAGCUGAGCGACUGUCACCGUGGCGUUGUGAUUGACGGCUUGGAGACGGCGUACGGUCGAUCGCUGAGCAGCACCCUGCUGGUGGUCCUGAAGGCCUUCAACAACCGGCAGCACAUCUACCUGGUGGACCUGCACAACUCCUACCCUGCCUUCAGAGCCAGGGAGAGGGCCCAGAGAGAUGCAGAGGAGGCAUCUCAGAGGGAGCAGGCUGACAGGGAGAAGCAGCACCUGCAGGAGAUGGACGAGGAGGAGUAUGACGCUCUGCCAGAGCAGGAGAAGGAGAGCAUCCACCUCAGACAGCUGGCAGCCCUGAGGGAACGCAGACGGAGGGAACAGGAGCGGGCGGAGUGGGAGCAGGACGAGAGGAGGCACCAGGAGGAGAUGGACCGACUGAGAGAAGAGGAGGAGAUGAAGAGGAAGAACAAGAAAGGCAAGAAGGAGCCUCCUAAAGAGACCGACUCCUCUGGGAAGAAGAGCCAGCUGGGAGGGAAGCAGUCGGCCACUGCCCUGCGCUCAGACACCAAGCUGGAGCACUCUGUGAAGGACAUGAAGAAGAUGUCCUCCUGCGCGGAGGGGAAGGAGUGCAAGGACUCCCCCCUAGAGGGCAGCAGAGAGGGCGAAGAGGCGCAGAGGAAGAGGCGGCCCAGAGAGGGGAAGCCAGGAGGGCUGGAGGAGUCCCCACUGCCCGGAGACGACCCGGAGGCAGAACCUUCCAGCGAGGAGCUCCUCGGCCUGCAGGCCAGGUUCCGCGUGUACGAGCAGAGCCAGCCUCACCUGCUGCACAUCCUGCAGUACUGGGACCGCGCCCAGGGCCUGCUGGCCCUGCCCUUCCUCCCCGAGGAGGCGGCCCCAGACACGGAGGAGCCCGCCCCCGAGAGGCAGCCGCCCUCCGGCAAGAAGUCCAAGAAGGAGCGCGAGAAGGAGAAGGUGGAGAAGGAGAGGGAGCGCCAGGAGAAGGAGAAGCAGAAGGCCGACGUCGUGGACGCCAAGCUGCUGUCCCCGGUGCCCAGUCAGGCCACCCUGCCCGGGGAGGACAGCGAGGCGGGGGCGGACAGGGAGCCGGUCUCCUCCGAGGCCAUCCCCCACCUCCUGCUGUCUGUGAGCGACCCGGAGCAGCCCGGCGUCGCUCAGCUUCUCAGCGGCCUCAGGCUGCCCUCCGCGGAACAGAUGUUGACAGACUGA